GUUCAAAUGAUGUCCUGAAGUAAUAGUCUCCAUAAAAAUGCGCGGCUGUGAUUAGGUGCCAUAGUUUUGGAAACUUACGUGGAGUUUGUGGCGUUGUGCCCACGCACCGAGGAGUUUUUUUUGUAGCUUUCUUUUCUUUUCGAAGAAUGGAUGCUUACAGCCUUGGAAAAUGAAUAAUUUCCAAACUCAUUGCAAGUGAAUCAAUGACUUUUCGAUCAUUGGUGGCUUCCAGCUUUGGCCAAAGUCAUUGCCGACUUGAGUUUGAAUGAAGCCAUGAAAUGGUCCAUGGUCCGAUGUUAAGCGGGGUUGGUUGUUAGCAAUAGCUUUUUACUUGAGUAACGUCAACCAGUAGAAAUAUUGGCUUCGAAACCCGGCUGGCUCCUUAGAACCCCGGUAGAGUUACAUUCACGCAGCAAGGAAUGGAUUUCUUUUGGCAAGUACUCCCGGCCGAUUAUCGAAGUCUCGUGGACAAGCUAACAGCCAGAAGACGCUAAUGUUAUUCUUUGGUCUAUAUAUUCCUCCCUUCCCCUCCUCCUUUGCCAAACUAAACACUGAACUUUCAAGUUCAUCGACGCACUUCUGACAUCAAUUGUUCUCUCUCGAAUUUGAUACUUACAUUAGAGUUUGAUACUCCAAUGAGACUCAUACACCUCAAAGAUAGACCUCUACAUACAACACACACCAUGGCUCCUUCCGCUGUUGAUGUUUACCAAACCAGCUGCAUCCAUGAAUUGAAGGUCAAGGCCCAGGAGGUUGUCUCUCAAUCAACUGCACCAGCCAAGCUCAUCAAGACUCCUAUGCAACUUACUGGUGCUCUUGACAAGUUUGAAUCCUUUGAUAUCACUCCAGUUAUUGGAAAGGAGUUCCCCAAUGCCAACCUUGCUGAGUGGCUCAAGGCAGACAACGCUGAUGAGUUGAUUCGUGAUCUUGCCGUCACCGGUAAGUAACCACCGACCUGGCUUAUUUAUUAUGCCUCAAAUUACAUACAUACUAACAUGCUUAAUAGUCUCUCAACGUGGUGUUGUCUUCUUCCGUGGUCAAGCUGACCUUGACAACGACCUUCAAAAGAAACUCUGCCAAAAGCUUGGUGAACUCACUGGCAAGCCUGCCGAGUCCUCCAUGCAUAUCCACCCCAUCUCCAACAAGUCAUUCCAAUGCAACAAGGAUGAUGAAAUCUCCGUCAUCAGCAAUGAUCUCGCUACUAAGAUCUUCUGUGACCGCAAGACUGAGCAACAUAAGAAGAAGCAAUCUCUCAAGAAGGGAUGGCACUCUGAUAUUACCUUUGAGCCUGUCCCAUCCGAUUAUGCCAUCUUGAAGCUUACUGACAUCCCAACUCUUGGUGGUGGUAAGUAAUCAUCCACGUGGCUAUUUUAAGAACUUCGCUAAUAAUUUCACAGAUACCCUCUGGGCCUCGGGAUAUGAAGUCUACGACCGAUUCUCCCCAGCCUACCAAAAGUUUCUCGAUGGUCUUACAGCAACCUACGCCCAACCACUCUUCACCAACGCAGCUCGUGACCAGAAAUUCAAGCUCUACUCUGAGGCCCGCGGCAACCCGCUCAACGUCGGCACCGAGCUCUCUACUGAACACCCCGUCAUCCGCACCAACCCAGUUACUGGUUGGAAGACGGUAUUCGCCGUCGGCCACCACGUUGAACAAAUCAAUGGCUUGACCGAGCGUGAAAGCUCCCACUUGUUGAACGAGUUCUUGCGCAUGAUCACCGAGAACCACGACUUGCAAUGUCGCUUCAAGUGGAACAACCAGAAUGAUCUUGGUAAGUCUUUUGACUCCCUCGCUUACGCUUUCCCCUUACCCUCUUAUCCCAUCAUCCUAACCACCACCUCUUCGCUUAAGUGAAUCACAACUGACAUAUUAUACUCUAGCCAUCUGGGACAACCGCUCCACCUACCACGCUGCCACCUACGACUACGACACCUUGGGCCUCCGCACCGGUCAACGCUGCGUUGGCAUCGGCGAGCGUCCAUACUUCGACCCAGCCAGCAAGUCCAAGCGCGAGGCCGAGGGCGAGGAGUACUUUGAGCCUGGCGAGGGUUUCACCGUCUUCUAAUUCUCCUUCUUGGCCUUUUCCUCUUGCGGGAUUUCUUGAAAUCCUCUAUCUUCUCCUUCUGCAUUUUUCAAAACUUGUUGAAUUUCUGAAGGGUAUAGAGGUGCAUGUUCAUGGGUUAGUCAGCGAGCUUUUAGGCGUUUUUUUUGACUUGGGGGAUUGGGAAAGGGGGGGUUUUUAAUGAUUUGAUGAUUUUAUGAUGGGUGAUUGGUGAUAAACUUUUGCAUGGAUGGAUUCUCUCUCCUUUUUGGGAUUACUACGGGACACCCUUUUUUACCCAUUUCCUGAUGUCUGAAAUGAUGAUAUGAGAGAUGGAGGACUUGUUGAUACCUUUUGAUGGGUCUGAUUUGGAUUAGUUAGUGGUAGUGAAUCUAAGUUAUCUUUGCU